AGUAAUAUCAAAAGUAGGAUGAGUUAGACUUCACAUUUAGAAACGUUAUUCAAAGUACAGCCCCCCUGCUCCAGGAUAUUACCUCUUACCCUAGGGAAAGAAUGUUGGCAAAGCCUGUUUUACCCCAUGGAAGGCACUUUAAGACUGUCAAACUUUGAAAGAGUAUUCAUUUCAACAAUUUGGAUCUAAUUCAUAACUUCACUCUUUUAUUAAAUCCACUUUAGGUUAACAUACAGAUAAGGAUACCUGGUUUUAUGACAACCACAGAACUACUCUGAAUCUGCUAAAACGUCACAAAGAAAUUAUUCUCCAUAGUCAACACACGAGCAGACCUCCACCAGCUCAGUGAAAGCCAGAUACAUUGUUCCGUGCAAGAAUGAAGACUUUGCAAACUACUUUUUUUUUGUUUGUGUUUGUACAUUUGGUAAAUUCAGCACCACCUAUACAGCAAGAAGCACUCCAGUUUUACGAGUACGAUACAGAUGUUACCAUGAGAAGCCUGAUCCCACAAGAUUAUGAAAAGCAAUCCACGGAUUUAAGAAAGGAUGGAACAAAUGUUUCUUUUGACACUUCCCUAAGACUGCAAGGGGAUGACAGUGAACGCAAUGUACAACCAACAAAGGAUACAAAUUUACCUACUUGUCUGCUCUGUGUGUGUUUAAGCGGAUCAGUGUACUGUGAGGAAAUAGACAUUGAAGCUGUACCCCCACUGCCAAAGGAAACAGCAUAUCUUUAUGCACGAUUUAACAAAAUAAAAAGGAUAGCAGUCUCAGAUUUUGCUGACAUUCCUACCUUGAGAAGGAUUGAUUUUAGUGGAAAUAGGAUAGAAGAAAUAGAAGAUGGAGCCUUUUCAAAGCUUCUGUUAUUGGAAGAACUUUCUCUUGCUGAAAAUCGACUUCUAAAACUUCCUGUUCUACCUCCCAAACUAACAACAUUUAAUGCAAACCAAAACAGAAUCAAGAGCAGAGGAAUCAAAGCAAAUGCCUUCAAGAAGCUGACAAAUUUGGCCUACCUCUACUUAGGACAUAAUGCACUGGAAUCUGUUCCCCUUAACUUACCAGAAAGUCUGCGCAUUCUCCACCUUCAGUACAACAAUAUUACUACAAUCACCGAUGACACAUUCUGCAAAUCUAAUAACACACGUUACAUCCGCACACAUAUGGAUGAGAUAAGGAUGGAAGGCAAUCCGAUCCUCCUGGCAAAGCAUGUUAAUGCUUUUUCCUGCCUGAGAACACUGCCUGUAGGAACAUACUACUAGCCACUACUUAUGUAAUGAUAACAUGCCAAAACUUAAACAUGGUAACAGAUGAUCAUCUUUUUCCUCUGUUUACACGUUUAUAUCCUCUCCCUUACUAAUGCCAUUUCCCCUGCAUACCCAGAACAUGUUACCAUGUUGAAAUGUGGUUCUCCUCUGAACAGCCACUUUAUUUAGUAGUUACAAUGUCACCCAUGCUUUCAGAAUCUUUUCUGUUAAUGCAAGUGUAAAAAUACAUACAUGCACACAUAUCAACUUUUAUUUCACCCCAUAUUCUUUACAUGUAGGUAAAAACCACACAAGCAACUGCUUGUUCACAUUCUUCACCAGUACCCAGAAAAAGCACUGCAUUUUAGUUUCAAGUAAAUGCAAAACAUUCUUUGAGCAAACUAAAGAGGCAAAAAUACAUCUUAAUUCCAAUCCCACUUUUUAAAUCUGAAAUGAAACUUUCUCAGUUGAUCUUCAAAAGUGUAUUGGAUGAAGCUGGAUACAAAACAAAGUGUUAUGUUUAGAAACAGAACUUCUCAAAGCUUUCUUAAAAACUUGCUUUGUUGAAAAUUAGAGUAAUUCCUAUUUAGGCUUAGCGUAUCAAGCAACAUAGCAAUUGGAUCUUUUCAAAGAUGUGUUAAAUCUCCUUCUACUAUUUUGUUAUCAAAAUAAUCUAACAAGAUUGUGUGUAUAGACAUGUAUUUUAUUUUUACACAAGGUAUUUUUAAUGGAGAUAUGUAAAUUUUGCUCAGCUGUACUCUCAAGAGUCAGUUUUGCAAUCCUUGCUUCCUAUUUUAAUACAAUGGUCAAAGUACAGCAUAGUAUGACACCAAGUACCUUUGUUACUGACAGAUGACAGACCGAGCCUUGUUCUGCUGCUUUUUUUUGACAAGGAAAUGUGACAAUAUAAUUAACAGCAAAGCUGAAUUAAUGUUUUUACCUGUAAUUAAGUAAGGUGUCAUCUAGAUGUCAGCACAAAGAAACAGAAUUACCCUUGUACAACAAUACUUUCACUAAGUAGGGAAAAAUCAAAUCAGAUCUUUAAAUCAAAAAAGUUAAUUCUACCAUUAAUCUAAAAACACUGCUAAUGUCAAAAAAAUUAAACUAGCAUCAUUUCACUCAACUCCUUUAAACCAUGCAGCAUAUUAAAAGCACAAAUUGAUGUGUGCAGGCCUCAGUCAGGUCACUUAAAACUAGACAUAAUUGAUACAGGGCGCAAUGUUUAUAAUGAUACAACUAUACAUUUCAUUUUCAGUUUCUCCCAUGAAAUACCUACCACAGGCAUAAAUGAAUGCUACAAGUGUGCUAGUUACUGAUAGCAGAUCAACUUCGUACUAAUUUUGAAGCUAGUAUAGAUUCCUAAUUUGUAGAAAUAGUUAAGUAUCAAAAUGCAUGAUGAUGUAUCACUACAUCUAGAAUACUGAUUUUAUGAGAUAUUUUGUAUUAGUUCUGUUUAUCUUAUUGAGCUAAGCCUUGAUUUGUUAGUGCUUGUGCUAUGGGGAAUUAAGUGCAUGCUUAAUUCUGAACAUACUGAUGCUCUGCUACUAAGAGUAGUGAGACCUAAGUGACUUUCAGUUACUUUUUAAGUGACUAUGUCAAGCAUCAACUGUGGAUUCAAUCCAUCAAUCUUUCUGGAAAGAGGCUGCAAUUAUGAAAAGCAAGACAAAAAUAUUUUUGCCCUGAACCCAAGACAGACAUAGCAAUCUCCAAUAUUUUCCAUUUUAAGUUAUUUGGUAUAACAACAGAGAAACUCCAUUGUCUUAAUACAACUGAGAACAAAAUCAACUCUGACAGUGAGAAUACUUGGUUUUCAUUUUCUCAUGCAUGUCAUAAAAAUUUGAUGUUUCCUGGUUUUUAGGAAAAGGUAAAAAAUAACGCCAAAGCAUGUAAAAAUACAUUCCAACUUCAAGGCAAAUUUAUAGUAGGAAAAAAUAAAAGCCACCAAUGCUCUCAUCCAUCUUUUGAUAAAUGCCUAAGAUGGAGAAAACACAGCCUAGUAACAUUACAUAAGCAGUGGCCUCUGAUUUUAUCCUCAUCACAAAUCAUUAUUACUAAAGCUCUUUCCAGUAUUAGUAGGAUCAGUAAAUAUCACCAAAACUCUUCCUGGGAAAACAAUUAUGUGUAUACAAAAACUUGCAUAUAUUUGUGUAAUAUAUAUACGCAUGUAAACAUUCUAAGACCUAACCACUACCACAGUAUUAAUUUCACAUUAAGCUGUUGUAUAUAUUUUUGACAAAGUACUAAAUAUCAAUGUAACACUAAUUAAUGCUCUUAACACUUUGUAGGCAAACCAAAGUAAACAGCUGGUACCUUCUGAGUGCCUCAUGCAGGCAAUAAAUUACCCAAUAUGUUUUAAUUUACUGUCCCCAUUCAUGGCAAGGUCACUCAUCAAAAGGUUAAGUGAGAAGGGCUUCAGUACGCAAGAUUUUUUUUGCUUUCUAUUUGUGUGACCAGUACUAAUAUCAAGCUGAAUGUACACCAUUCUAUUUUUUCCUAUCACUCAUUUGUGUUCCGUAUUUCCAAUAAAACUUGGGGUUUUUUCCUUGUUUAUCAA